AUGGCCAUCGCCGAGGCAUCGAGGAGACUGUCCCGCGUACCUUCCAACCCGUCUCGCCGUGCAGCCGCCGCGGCGAGGGUCACCAAGCCCUUGAGCGCCCACACCAGCCCGACAGCAGUGAUGAAGUCCAGCGGUAGUAGGAUGAAUGCUGCCGCCGCCGCCGACUACCGUCACUACCACCACCACCAUAGCAGCAACAGCAACAUCGACAACGCCCAACAGCAGCCGCCUGUAUACCACGCAACGUCACGACGACAGCAGCAGCAGCCAAUGUACCCGGGGGGAGCACCCGCCUCCCGCCCCGUCAGCUGGCAUCCGAGCUCGUACAUGAUGGCUCCCACCGCCGCCUCCACGAGCUACCCCGGCAUGGAUCUGACGCCUUCGAGCUGCUACCCUCUGUCCACGCCGACAAUGUACACGGCAGCCUCUGCCGGCUACGCCCAUCCCAUCAGCACCAGCGACAUGGAUGCCUCCUCGUCGGCAUACCCUCUGCUCUCCCCCACGGCAGCAGCAGUAUGCCACUCGACAAACGUAUCCCCCUGCUCCACAUUCUCCCUCCCCACCACCGGCGGUGCUGCCGGUCUCGCCGUCAUGUCCCAGACCAACAACAACAGCAACAAUGACGACGACGACGACAACCACCGGUUCGCCAGUCCUGACAACACCGUCUGGACACAUCACUUUGAUGGUCUCCAGCAGGGCAGCAGCAGCAACUACUUUGCCCAGCAGCAACCUCCCUCCCUCACACCGGCCGAGAGCACGCUCGAGUGGCACGACGACCACGUCCUGGGCGGCAUCACCACCCCUCCCACACCCGAGGCCUUCAUUCAGCAGCAGCACCAGCAGCUGACGCAGCAGGUCAUUCCUCAGGAGGAGGAGGAGGAGGAGGUGGUGGCCGGUGAUGAUGAUGGGGAUGACGAUGGCGAGAUCCUGAUCGGCAUGGGACUCUACGACACCCCCGACAAGAUGUUCUGCGAGGACCCUCAGCUCGACAACUACAGGUCUACCAUGUCCUGCCUGCUGGGCUCUACGUACCGCUCCUCCCUCGAGGCCUACCAGCCCAUGGGGAAGGGGCUCACGCUCGAGAAGGCUUGGGAGCCUCCCACGUCUGAUGAUGGGGAGGACGACGCCGACGGUGACGAGGACCCCCCGGACAGAGCCGCGUGCUCCACACCCUCCUGA